CGCGCAGCAACCUAAAUGUCCUGAGAUACCAAGAAAGAGGAUGACUGGCUCUGAUGAGACCACCCCAGGCUAACCAAAGGAGCGGAGCAGCCAAGCUCGAAAUGGCCAGAGGCUUUGCAGAACACGAUGUUAGAUCGGAAAGACUCAUCCUGAUAGUGGCUUCACAUCUGAUGAUGAUGACGAUAAUGAUGAUGAUGACGAUUCCAUGCAAUGUAGUCGACCCUCUGACAGAUUACCAGCUACAUCUAAUUGGAAGGAGAUAUUGUUUUCUACAUUAUGGUCUCUUGUUGUAAAAUGCACUUGGUCUUCCUAAUAAUGUUAUUGCUUUCCACACAUGGACAAAGUAACAUAGAGCUGCCAAAAAAUUCCAGUCAUUCUUGUUAUGAUUCAUGUCCACCUGGUUCUCAUAAAAUAGGGAUCUGCAAAAAUAACUUUACGGAGAACAGAUGUACACAAUGUGGCGAGCAUACAUUCACAGACCGUCCCAAUAGGCUGGAGGAAUGCCAAAGGUGUGGCGUGUGUGAUUCUAAUCAAGUGGAAAUACGACCAUGCAACUUUACAAGUGACGUGGUGUGUGCGUGUAAGAAGGGAUACUACAAUGCAGGCUCCAUAAAAAGCCUCGAUUGCCUUGCAUGUCAGUGUGAGGCUUGUAAAGGUAUCAACUUUAAGACAAGGAACGUACCAGGACUCACUGCAUUUAUUAUUUUCCUUUCAAAGUUAUGUUUUCAUUUUUUAAAACAAUUAUGUUUUGUUUUUGUUUUAGAUCCUGGCAAGAGGCUUCAGGACAAAAGGGAACAAUGUUUGAACGAUGCAGAAUGCAAGAGAAAAUGUGCAACCUCAACUACAACUGCAACUACCUUCAUAACCACAUUAACAACAACAACAACAAAACCGCUUCCUGUAAAUGGUUAUGUCGAGUGGAUUUUCGUCAUCCUGGCUGUGGUGCUCUUUUGCAUUCUGUGGCUCUGCACCUGCUUUGCCCUCUACUUGCGUGUGUCUUUCUGCUGGAAAAUCAACAAUAACCCUACAGAGGCCAUGAAUGAAUUUUCACCAGAAGAUUUACAGAUAUUUUUACCUCUCCCUGCAGGAGCACACAGUCAUUUAGACAGCAGCCCAACCACUCUGAGAGCCAACGUGUGUGAAGAAACCCCGCUGAGGACACCCAGACAAAAUUCAGCUACUUCAGUAUGUCUCAACCAUGUAGACGCGCUACUGACAGACUCCCAACACAAAGAUGGUGGACUAGAGAAGCUUGGCGGGCACUGGCCGCCCAUUGUCCUCUAUGCUAUCAUUAAUGAGGUUCCCCUGCGUCGGUGGAAGGAAUUCUUGAGAAUGCUCUCGGUGGCAGACCACCAGCUAGAACGAGUGGAGCUAGAAGCUGGCUCAUGUCUCCUGGAGAAGCAGUACCAGAUGCUUCGUCUCUGGAGCCAACACUCUUCUGCCAGGCUGGAACACAUCUUGUCUGCCUUGCAUAUCAUGGAUUUGUCGGGCUGUGCUCAGAUGCUACAGGACCGCUUGGAGAGACUUCACUGGAGGGAUCAGCCAAAAGAUGGAGUCAUAGCCUGCUGAGACUUCAGGUCAAGUAAUGGAAUAGGAAAGGCUGUAUUUACUUAAGACUUGUGUUUGCACAGUGAGAAACAGGGAACCGAUAGGUUUUUUAAAUUUCAUACAUAAGGGAUUAAAUUCCAUUUCCUUUUUCUUUCAGCAUUUGUUUCUAAGGCUAGGUUCAUACCGCAGGUCUUAAUGCACAAUUCCGAUUUUUUGUGAUAUAUUUGUUUUUUGGCGUGCCCGUUCAGACUGCCUUUGUCCAUUGAGCCUGUCAAAGUAUCACGCAAAUGCACUAAUUCGCAGUCCGAGAUGCGCUGAGCAAACUGACCAGCAUGCGCAGGAGCAUCAAAACAAAUGGCUACACAUUACGCACACACACACACAUAUACGGACAGUUUGUCACAACUCCCCGGAGUGUAAGCAAUCUUGAAAUGUUGAUUAUUUGGAGCAGAGAGAAAACCUAGCAUUCUCAGGCUUAUUCUCAACCCAUUUUAUAUUUUUAUGACUGUUGUCAAGCCAUUUCCCCAAAGUCACGUUCAAUCUAGGCGCUAAUGAUAAUGCACAGCUGCACCGCUAGCGUAGCGCCAUGUCUCUCUCGCUCCUUGCUGACGUAAUUGCUGCAUGAAUUCCGAUUUGGAGGACUUGACAGCUCAGACCGCAGCCAUAUUCUGGAAAAAUGUGGCCCAGAUCGGAUUUUAACCACAUACAAAAGUGCCCUAGAUCAGAUAUGAAAUGGUCCACUUUUAUGCGACUUUUCCUGUUCAAAAGGUCAAGUUAAUGCCUCACUCGAGUCAGAAAAACACGAAAAAAUCUGAUUCGUGCAUGUUAAAGCCAGAGAUGGAAAGUAAAAAAGUACCACGACUUUAUUGCAGCACUUAAGUGGAAUUUGAUUUUGUACCUAUGAGCCCUUGUACAUUUAAAGAUCGGCAUUUACUUAGCCUCGAAAUUUUCGGGGAAACUAAAGGCUACUAGGUAAAUGCUACUCGCUGUAGCAUUUACUUACAGUAUCUGAUGUUUUUGUGUUCAAUCACAGUAUUCCUUCGUCAUGAUGGAACUAUUUACUAUAAGUGAUUGUAGGUGCUUCAUUUUGAUAAAAGUAAUCCUCUUCUGCCAUCUUGUGGCCUCUGUAUGCAAGACAAUACAACCGUAAUAGCGUACAGCACGAAUGCUAUUAUUAGACCGUGAUGUCACCAUCAUAACGCAGAAGUGGGACAUUAUAGACACGCCCUUGCAUACAAACCAUAUUAUUUCUGCUCGUUUUCUCUGGUAACAUUUCAAAAAAGAACAUGCCUUCAAACACUGCUGCUAUGGAACUUGUAGAAGAGACAUUACGACAUAUGAAGGAUGUUUUCUUCAUACAUUUCCCAAAACCAAAAAUGUGAAGAAUGGAUCAACAUGCGCGGACGUCCAAAAGACCAGUUUAACGUCAACAAGGUGAAACCAUUCCCAUUUCAUCUGCAGUAAACAUUUUGUUGGGGGCCAUGGUCCUACAGAGGACGAAGAGUUAAGCCAUUUUGAUAUUUUUACCCAUUUUUUAGCGCAACGUUUUGCCAUGCUGCUUUCGUCUGACAAUGAAUGACAUGAAAAAAAUUAAAAUGGUAUCUGACUGCCACUGUUACCUUUUCUGUUGUAAAAAACUACUUUAGUAACCUGAACGUGUAAAUAAAUUAUAUAAUUAAGAUUUGUUAUGAAUAAAAAAAUAAAAAUGUUCAUUGGCUGUCACUGAGAAGCAUUUGCGAUCGCGACACAAAAAUAGCAAUGUAAAUUGCCCCCAAGAACGGUCAGAGAUGUAAGACAACCAGAGGAUAUAAUAAUAAGAAAACCAGGGCAUAUGGUGGUAAAGGGUAGAUUGCUGAAAGAAGAGAAUGUCAUUGUCAGUGGCGUAAGGCAAUGCACACAAAAAAAAGGUGUCGAUAAAAAAGCUUACUCUGGAUCAGGUCGGCUCUUCUUUUUUAGCCCUCGACACUCAAGCCAUCUCUUUAACUGAACAUUUGUAUGUUCUUCCACAUCUUUACCAGUGAAUUUGGCACCAGGGACAUCAUUUUCAGACUGAAUCGGUAGGUUUAGCUCAGUAAACAUCUCGUUCGUACACUAUUUCCGUUCAUUUACUAUUACGGACAAACGGGAGGUUGACCCGCCUAGCCACAAUUGCAAACGUCAUGAAUAUUAAUGAGCAAAAGUGACAUGUUGCUUGCGGUAUACAAUUGGCAGUAUCAUUUACUUAGAUUUUUGCUAUCUGCGGCAGCACUCAGCCUCCUACACCUGCAAAUCACUGCACUGCACGUUGCUUUCUUACAACGAUUUAUCACUCCCUAUAUGUGAAUAGUUUUUCUGUACUUUUAACUAAUGUACUUUUAUUUAUUUAUUUGUUUUUAAAUAUAAUUAUUCUUUUUUACCAACCUUCAAAUAUGAAAAGAAGCUGUAAUAACCUAGAAGCUAAAUCAAUUAUGAUUGUGAUAAUUAUUGAAUGUGAUCUUAUCAGGCAGGAACAAAAACAGGGACAGAUUGUAAACCUUUAAGCAUCAUUGACAAUGAAAACAGAUUUGAAGAACAUUGGAAACAACUUCAUUCCGAUACAUAACUUAAUUUAAGGGUAUUGCUUGAUGCUAUUUUGGACUCUUUCAAGGCAAAUGUGUCAGCUUUAACAGAUAUAUAUGUUUUUAAUUGUUUAGUAUUCUGUUAUUCAAUUCACAAUGGCAGCAAUGUUAGGAGCACAAGAACAUGUUUUGAGAGGUCAAGUUGCAACUGUAAUUCUAGUCUCAAUAAGUCGUGAUGCACAGUAAGUUAAUAAAGGAAGAAAAUACUUUUCGUUGAUAUUUUUUUUUCUCUUGCAAUCUUAUGCCGAGUCAUUAAAAUAAGUAUUUUGUUAUGAAAUGACAAAAACAACAUGUACAUGAACUGACCUGACAUGUACUUUAUCUCUUUAGACAAGACAAUCUGGCAUUAACAGUUCUACACUUUUGCAAAACAGGGAAACGGGAAUUCCCACAAGAUAUGAAAAAUUUUGGGGUGGCACACAAAUGCUGUCAAGACGGCAAGCUGAUUGUUCCUGCGAGGCCAACUGUUGCUGACGAAACUGAUGGUUUCCUUUUGUGGUGCCUGCGAGUCUCAUUUUCAGAUUUUUUUUGCGUGUGUACAGCUACUGACAGGAAAGAACCUGGGCUUACUGAUAAAAUGACAGUAAUUUGUGGGUUUAAUAUGAAUUGUAGGUUAUGUGUGCGUGUGUUUCUUGCUUUGCCAAACCACGACAAAUGACUCAAAAUACAGUCACUCCAAAGAAUGUUGUUAAUUUGUGUAGGUACUGCACCUUCAUUUUUUGUCUUGUUUUUUAUUAUCAAGUGCAUACAGGUUUUUAAACAGCACAGAUAUUCAAAGGUUUGUCUUAUUCGAAAGUUGUAACCUUAUCUGUAUGACUACUCCAAAGGCCAGUUUAUUUAUGCUGUUUGUUGUUUUAAAAGAUACAAAUUUAUUGUAAACCUAUCUGUGGUUUCUGACUGGAUUAUUAAUUUACUGUAAACAUGUGCUUUCUGACUGGAUGUUUGUCUUUUUUA